AUAAUAUUAUGCAUAUUAUCAAAACGGAUGUAUUCCCGAACGGUUAUUAUUUAUGUCUACAUAAUAUAUAUUAAUUAAUACAAAUAAAAUCUACUAAACAAUACAUAAAUGAAGCAAUAUACAUAAAGUCAACGUUUUUCCUCAUUCGAGUACAUACUACAAAUAAUGACUAAUUUUAUUUUGUAUAGAACUAAGCAGCCGAUACAACGGACAUAAUUGUGCAAUGGGCGUUUUAAAAUACUAUAUAUUGUUUUUAUUUCUAAACUCUGUUAUAUCUGAAGAGAUAAAUUGUGAUGAUCUAAGGUUUAUAGACAGCAAUGAUACAGUAAUAGAUAAAGAAUAUUGCAAAAUAAAACCAUGCAUCAUAACGCAAAGAAGGAAUAGUGAAGGGACCUUUCCCUGCAUUAUUGUAUCCAAUAAUAAUAAAUCUCGUAAAUAUAAAUCUUUCAAAUCGGUCCUUGCAAAUACGACUGAUAUUCAAUUGUUGAGACUUCAAGAUGUAUAUAAAAGUAAUUAUAAACAAAAUAAAAUGGAAAAAAGCAACAAAACAUUUGAAGAAAGUUUUAAUUUUGUGAGAUUGGAGAACAAUAAUGUAACUAAACAGUGUUUUUCAAAUCCGACUAGACUGGAUUACGAUGAACAUAUUCCUUAUUUCUUAGAGAACGGUUCAAUGUUGCUCGAUAGUCCAAACACAGGAACACGGUUCCGCGUGAUAGACAAUUACAAUUUUACACUUAUUUUUUAUGUUAAGUAUGUAAAUGACACGGCACACUCUUACGCAGUUAUAAGAUUUAUAAAAGAAGAUGAAAAUCUAACCGAUACUAAAGAUGUUUUAGUUGCUGUUGGUAUGCUGAUAUCCAGUUUCUUCAUGAUAUUGGUGAUAGUUGUCUAUGGGCUGUUAAAGGAGCUACAGAAUUUAUUUGGUUACGUGAUGAUUGCGUAUAUGGCCACAUUUUCAGGAGCAUUUCUGUUACAGGCCACCAAAUCACUAGGCCUAAGGGAAAAUAUAUUCGACAACACCGUUUGCCUUGUUAUAACUCCAUUAGUGAACUUUGGCAUAAUAAGCAGUUUCAUGUGGAUGAACGUAAUGUCUUUUGAUAUUUGGUGGACAUUCAGAGGUACCCACUAUGGUCGCAGGAUCAACCGUCAUGGUAUACGUCACAAGUUCAUGUGUUACGGAUUGUACGCAUGGGUUCUUCCCGCCAUUCUGGUAGUGAUCGAAGUUGUAAUUGAUAACAAAGAUUUAAAGCAUCUACCGAAUUUUAUUAAACCGUCGUUUGGCACUUGUUCGUUUUCUGAUAAUAGCAGAAUGACUUACUUAUUGGCACCAAUUCUAGUUAUAUUGCUAGUCAAUAUACUACUGUUUGGUUUGACCGCCUUCAACAUGUGGCGUGUAAGGAGAGACUUAUCACGAUUUGACAAAAAUAUUACUAAGAACAAUAAAAAGAAUGAGAACCGUUUCGCGCUGUACCUUAAAUUGUCUGUAGUGAUGGGAAUAAACUGGAUAUUUGAAGUUCUGGGCGCCUAUAAGAACCUCCUGCCACAAUGGUUUGAACAUAUAGUUGACGCUUACAAUGUUCUUAUUGGAGUCUUAAUUUUCUUUGUCUUCGUGUUCAAGAGUAGCAUAUUAUUGAAAAUUUGUAAAAGGCUGCGUAUAAAAAACAAUUUUACUGAUUAUCUGGAGAACAGAGUCACUACAAAAGGCAAUGACAGAAAGGCAACCAGGUCCAGUAACUCCUCAGUGGCCGUAAGUGGAGUACCGUCUAUAAACAUGAUGCCAAUGAAUUGAUAAUUCGUCCAUUGUGGAUCAUCUCGGCGGCGAAAGAACGAGAUAAGAGAUAUGCCAUCUUAUACCUCUGGAAUGGUAUCACGAGUGUUACAUGAGAACUUUACAUCUGUAGUCCUGUUCAUGUACAUAGACGACGCCUAUCGCUUAAUAUCAGGCGGGCCGUCAGUUUGUAUAUAAAUUUGCGAUUUCUUUGUAUUAAAAAUAAAAAAUCUGCGUCGAAUUUGCUUUUAUAUCCGUAAAUAGAGAAAUAAUAAAUAAUAAUAAUAAUAAUAAAUAAUACUUAGAAAAUUGAGAUUACAAUUAGAUGUUAUUUUUUUAGUUUUUAUAUUUAAGAGUAACGCCUUUUUGCUUAUGCCAAUUCACGUUACCAAAGACAAUAUAGGGUAUUGGUUAUAGGUACAGUUAAAACAAUAAAAAAUCUAUGGUUACGCUACAAAGUUGAAAGUUCCGUCCUGGACGACACCAAACCAAAAACAAACGUUUUAUGUCAAUUUAUAUUUCUGACUAACUCUACAGUAAUGGAAACAUACAUAACAAUUAAUCUGUUGAAUCCGAAAGACGGAGGUAGGAUAGUCAAUUGCCAUGUUAUUUUCAAAUAUACCCAAAUAAAGUGGGCAUGUCAAAUGUUGUAAACGCUACGAUUACAAUAUUACAAAAGUAACAGUUGAUAAUUACUCUGUUUUCCUGAUCUGCGAAUCCACAGUCAGCAUAUUCGUUAAGGUAUUAUUAUUAUUACUGUAAGAAGCUUGCAUUAUAACUUAUUAUAUUUACCAUUAAAUAAGUACAAAAAUGUAUAGAUACUCUGUUAUCUAUUUAGCACGUACAUAUGUACUGUAAUAAUAACAUUACAAAAGGAAAAUCCUGUGGUAUUUUUCCCUAUGCUUUAAAUAGUAGGUAUGUUAAUAAUAUAUCGUUGUUUUUACAAUAUUUAUCUGCCUCUCCAGUAAGUACCUAUAAGAAUUACUAUUAGGUAUAUAAUUAAUAAGUAAUUCAAUACAUAUAUUAUUAGGAAUUAAAUUGGGAAUUGCUUAAUUGCAAUUCCCAAUUUAAUUCCUUAAUAAAAUUAUUAAUUUUUAUUAAACUUUCAAACAUAACUGUAUAUUUAUAAGCACGUAAUAUACAAUAUACGUGACGUAAAUAUACAAUCUGAAUCUGAAAUUGAUCUGACCCAGGACCAAAUUAACCAUUAGGCAGAGUAAUAAGGUGGUGUGGUUGUAAGAAGUAAGAGAGUCUGUUAUUGUUUCCACAGAAGCAAACACUGUAUAGAUAAGAUUCAAUUGUUGUGUCAAUGGAACAAAAUAAACUAGAUUACUAAUAUACAUAGGAACUAUUCUUUAGUAUUAGUAGUUACUAAUGCUGUUGGCCGCAGCUGGCCUUUACUCCUUCAAUGGCGACUAGUGCAGAGUACAUUCAAAACCCGGGGGACUUAUGGAGCGGCUGUAAGAUAACAACAGCCUGACGCAUACGACUUUAGUCUAAGGGGGUUCGUAAUUUCUAUGCUAUUUGAAUGGAUAAUUCAUCAAUCGGAAUCGGAAGGGUUGAAAUGUAUGUAAUUUACGUGUGCACAAAGUUGCACUAACGUAAUGUUAAAUAUUAUUACGGCACACAUCUGUAUGUUUACUCGUAUUGUAUUUUUGUAUUAUUGAUCUCUUUCCUAAAGUAGAUAUAUUGAUAUAUUUUACC